ACUAUAAAUAAUACCUGUUCAACUUUCGUCUCCCUCCUGCACACUCCAUUCAAAAGUACCCUCCCUUAAAUCCUGAAUCAUUUUCCUCUCGCCUUUCUAUCUAACCCUUCUCUCAACUUCAAACCCCACUCUGAAUAAUUUAGGAACUCUUCUUUCACUUCUUCUCCCAGCAUCCUGACUAUGGAUUCAUAUUCUUUGAAGUCUGCGUUCGAUUUGCCUCCGCCUUUUCGUUCAUGUUUUAGUUUCAGAUAUUUUAAUUCACUUCAGAGUGAAUGCUUUCCUAUCUGUUUUCACUCUGAUGUAAACAUGGUCAUCUCUGCACCAACUGGGAGCGGUAAAACUGUACUCUUUGAGCUUUGUAUUUUGAGGCUACUUUCCAGGUUCAUAUCUGCCGGGGGAAUAUUCAUACAUGAAAAGGGAUCUCUUAAAACAAUCUAUAUAGCCCCAUCCAAGGCUUUAGUACAGGAGAAGCUCCGUGAUUGGAAUAAAAAGUUUGGGCCAUUAGGAAUAAAUUGCCUGGAGCUGACAGGUGACAGUGAAUCUUACACUCCAAGGAAUAUACUAGAAGCUGAUAUUAUUCUCACAACUCCUGAGAAAUUUGAUGCAGUGUCACGUUACGGUAUAGAAAGUGGUGGCUUGAGCUUUUUCAGUGACAUUGCACUUUUACUAAUCGACGAAGUUCAUCUAUUGAAUGAUCCACGUGGAGCUGCCCUUGAAGCAAUUGUUAGUAGAAUAAAAAUCGUUUCUGGCAAUCCAAAAUUGAAAUCAAAUCCUCUGGCUCAGGUCCGCUUCCUAGCUGUGUCUGCCACAAUUCCAAAUAUUGAGGAUCUAGCAAAGUGGCUUGAGGUUCCUGACCAAGGGAUCAAAAGGUUUGGAGAAGAAAUGAGGCCCGUAAAGCUGACAACCAAGGUUUUUGGCUAUGCCCGUGCCAAGAAUGACUUCCUCUUUGAGAAGCGCCUUCAAAAUUAUAUUUUCGAUAUUCUCAUGCAAUACUCGAGAGGGAAAUCUGCUCUUGUAUUUUGUUCAACAAGAAAAGGAGCACAAGAAGCUGCUCAGCGACUAUCUCAAAUAGUAAUGACUUUUGGUCAAUCAAAUCCAUUCAUUAAGAACAGAGAGCAACAAGAUCGGCUGAGGGAGGCUUCUCUGUCAUGCAGUGACAAGCACAUGCAGUCAUACAUUCUUUACGGUGUUGGUUAUCACAACGGUGGGCUUUGCCUCAAAGAUCGCAAUAUUGUAGAAGGCCUUUUUCUCAAGGGAGAUAUUCAAGUACUUUGCACAACAAAUACGCUAGCCCAUGGAAUCAAUCUCCCAGCACAUACCGUGGUUAUUAAAUCAACACAGCACUUCAACAAGGAAAAAUGUCUCUAUAUGGAAUAUGAUCGCUCCACUAUAUUGCAGAUGUGUGGAAGGGCAGGCCGACCCCCAUUUGAUGAUACGGGCAUGGUUAUAAUCAUGACAAGGAGAGAAACGGUUCAUUUGUACGAGAAUCUCUUAAAUGGGUGCGAAGUGGUAGAAUCACAAUUGCUCUCGUGUUUGACGGAGCAUUUACUUGCGGAAAUAGUUCAACUGACAGUAUCUGAUAUUACAAAAGCAAUUGAAUGGCUUAAAUUCUCCUACUUGUAUGUUAGAAUGAAAACGAAUCCUAUGAACUAUGCAAUUAAGAAAGGCAUUUCUGGUGAUAGUUUAGAGAAACAUGUACAAGAUAUAUGCGUGCAUAAAGUUAAAGAGUUAUCCCAAUGUCAAAUGGUCUGGGUUGAUGAAGACGGUUUCCUCUUGCGACCAUUAGAUCCUGGAAGGUUAAUGACAAAGUACUAUUUGAGAUUUGACACUAUGAAACAGAUAAUGCGGACUCCUGAAAGUUGCAGUUUGGAAGAUGCACUUCAUGUUGUGUGCAGUGCAGAAGAAAUUGCAUGGAUACAGCUUAGACGCAAUGAGAAGAAGCUCUUAAAUGAUAUCAAUGCUGAUAAAGAUGGACGGCUUCGCUUUCACAUUCUUGGAGAUAAAGGGAGAAAGAAAAAGCGCAUUCAAACAAGAGAAGAAAAGAUAUUUAUUUUAGCAAAUGACUGCUUAACUGGUGAUCCAUCAGUUCAUGACCUAUCUUUGAUUCAGGACAUGAAUUCUAUAUGCUCAAAUGGAUUUAGAAUAGCAAAAUGCAUGAAAGAGUACUUUGUUUACAAACGGAAUUACAAAGGAGCUGUGAAUUCAGCACUUCUAGCCAAAUCACUCGACCAGAAACUUUGGGAUGACAGUCCAUACCUUCUGAAACAGUUACCUGGAAUUGGGAUGGUCACAGCAAAGGCACUGCAUUCAAUGGGAGUCAAAUCGUUUGAGGCACUUGCUGAAGCUGAUCCUAGGAGAAUAGAGCUAGUGACUGGUCGAAAAUACCCAUUUGGUAACCAUAUUAAAGAUUCUCUACUAUCUCUGCCUCCGAAAGUUGAUGUGAAGCUUGCAGAAAUUGAAAACCAUAUAGAAGGAAAGUCCAAGAUAGUAGUGACGUUGACUAGGAAAGCAGAGUCAGGCCAGUCAGUUAAAGGACAUUAUGCUGAUAUGAUCAUUGGUUCAGAGGACAAUACUAUUCUGUUUCAUGAAAAGAUAAGGGUUGACCAGUUCCCCAGCCCAUACUGUGCAACAAUUCUUGUGCCCAUUCCACAAGAGAAGCAAACUAUCAAAGCUGAUUUUAUAUUUGAGGAAUACAUUGGCAUUGAUGUCCACCAAAAGCUUUCCUUAAUGAGAGAGAGCAAUUCAAUUGUGCUUUUGAAAAGAAACAGGAAGCAGGCUUCUUGUCCUCCAACAGAAGAGAUAUAUGUUAUAGAAGAUGACAACAUAAAUGUACCUCAUUUACCAACGAAAGAACUGUGCACCCUGAGCGUGGACAAGGAUUCCAUUCCAAGUUUCGACCUCUUGGAUGAAAGUUUAGAUGAAGUGGAAGAUGGGCAUUCUCUUGAGGUGGAAGAGGAGAAAUGCAAAAUGAUCACAGAGAAAACAGUUUUUGACCACAUUCGUCAGAAAGCUAAAUGCUUUUCUCUCCUAUCUGCAUUUGAUAACAUUCGCUGUCCAUCACUGGAGGUCUUUCUUUCAAAAGAUAAUGCCCGUUUGAAGAGGCGUAAUCAUCAUCAUGAGAUAGUUGUGCUGGAUGAUGAAGACGGACUUGAAGUUCCUCAACCAAAUGGUGUCAAUUUGCCGGUUGAGCUCAAAAACGCAGAACAGGAUGGUAUCCGACCUUAUCUGACUUUAAACGAUCAUCAUAUAGCUGGAAGUUCAAAUAUAGUUGAUACAGAGUUAUUCUCAAAGAAUAAUCUCAGUUCCUUGAGCGCUGCUUUUGGUGUGGCAAGAGAGACAAAUUCCUUGGACAUUGACAACGAGAAUAUGCUUACUUCAUAUGUGAAAACUGCUGCUGAAGUAUGUGCAUCCAGUAUCCAGGAGAAAAAGCGGUUGUUAGAGGACUCAGGUCCCGGAAGCUUUGCAGUUAGUAAGAAGCAUCGUUGCACUUCCAGAGAAUUUAUAGAAGAGCAGUCUAGCCCAAGUGAAAUACGAAGACAGUGCUGUUCUAUAGAAACCACGGGCCAAAACGAAAUAGAGUCAUAUCUUGGGUUUAAAAGUGUAUUUUCCUUUCUCUAAGUGGAAAGCUGAGUUGCUAAAAAGAGUGUGAUACAUUCCUUAAACUUUACUCAUUGAACGAAUUUCUGAGCAAAAUCCCUG